AAAAUUCAUAUAAUAGCGUUCGUUUAUAAGGUAUAAGUUAUAAUUUGAAAUCACUUCGAUAGCCUGAUCACCGGCCUCUUUUCCGCACGUCGGCCACGCAAGCCGUACUAAUUCAAGAUGCCGAAGGUGCCACUUGUUUGUAGUAAGACGUUCGCUACUCCUCGACGACCCUUUGAGAAGGAACGUCUUGAUCAGGAGUUGAAACUAAUUGGCGAAUAUGGGUUGAGGAACAAGCGAGAAGUAUGGAGGAUCAAAUUGACCCUUGCCAAGAUCAGAAAGGCUGCCCGAGAGUUGUUGACUCUUGAUGAGAAAGACCCCAAGCGUCUUUUUGAAGGCAAUGCCUUGUUGAGAAGACUCGUGAGAAUCGGCGUAUUGGAUGAAGGCAAGAUGAAGCUCGAUUAUGUGUUGGGUCUUCGUCUCGAAGACUUCAUGGAACGUCGUCUCCAGACACAAGUAUUUAAACUUGGGUUGGCUAAGAGUAUCCAUCAUGCUCGUGUGCUCAUUCGCCAGAGGCACAUCAGGGUGCGUACCCAGGUUGUGAACAUCCCAUCUUACAUCGUCCGAUUGGACUCGCAGAAGCACAUCGACUUCUCCCUCAAGUCGCCGUUCGGUGGUGGUCGCCCAGGCCGUGUAAGGAGGAAGAAUGCCAAGAAGGGCCCAAGCGGUGGCGGUGGUGGAGACGAUGACGACGACGAGGAUUAACUUCAAAGAGAUCCCUUAUCAUUUAAUAAGGAAAUAAAAGAAACAAAUAACUAAA